UUUUAGGCGGUAUGGUCGGCUUUAUCUGGAUUAAGGUAGACAUUGCAAGUUUUUAUUGCCUGUCAAAGUCCCUAUUUAAAAGAAACAACAACAAAAAAUGAAAUAACCCUGAUACAUAAUAUUUGUACAGAGUAGCAAGAAAAUAUUUACUGUGCAAGAUGUUUGGACCAAAUAAAAGUAGUUUUGGUUUUGGUGCUGGAGCUUCUACAUUUGGAUCAGCAACACCAUUUGGUCAAAGUAGCAGUACUUUUGGUGCAAAGCAACCUCCUGCGUUCGGAUCUCAAACACCUGCGACUGGUGGACUAUUUGGGACAGCAGGUACUGGUGGAUUGUUUGGUCAGACACAGACCACAUCAACAUUUGGCCAGUCUUCAAACUUAACAUUUGGAAGCACGCCAGCUAGUACUGCUAGUGCAAGUCUUUUUGGAACACAGACUCCUACAGGAGGUUUAUUUUCAACACCAGCUAGUUCUGCAUUUGGAUCAAAAGCACCUGGAUUUGGAAGUUUUGGCAUCGCAACAUCUACUGCCGCCACUGGUGGACUCUUCAACCAGACUCCAACUCAGGCUACUGUUUUUGGCCAGUCUCGGCCAGUAUUUGGAGGUGCUACCACUCAGAAUGGAACAACCAUCAAGUUUAAUCCCCCUCAGGGACAAGAUACGAUGAUGAAAAAUGGUACUUCAGCCAGUAUCCAAACACGGCAUCAGUGCAUAACGGCCAUGAAAGAAUAUGAAAACAAAAGUUUAGAGGAGCUGCGUGUGGAGGACUAUUUGGCCAAUCGGAAAGGAAAGCAAGAUGCAGCUACUGUGGGCAUCUUUGGAUCAACGUCUACUGCAAAUCCAACUACAGGCUUUGCCUUUGGCCAAGCAUCACAGAGUACAGGUGCAUUUGGUACCAAUACAUCUACCAGCAGUGGUGGGUUGUUUGGACAGACUCAGCCUGCACAGACAGGUGGACUGUUUGGUGCCAGUAAGCCUCUGUUUGGGAACACAGCGACCAGCACAGGAACAGGCUUUGGAUUUGGAGCAAGCACAAACCAAGCAACUUCACUCUUUGGACAGACUCAAGCAGCAAAGCCCACCUUGUUUGGUGCUACACCAGCUGCGUCUACACAACCGUCCUUGUUUGGAGCCAGCACGUCUACAUUUGGUCAGUCUGGGGGAUUUGGAACAGCUGGCUUUGGAACCCAAGCUGCGACAACGGGUGGAUUGUUUGGAAAUAAACCGGCUGGUUUUGGUGCCACCACAACAACUGCAUCACCAGCCUUUGGGUUUGGUACAGGAAGUAACUUGUUUGCCAAGCCAAUGUCAUCAGCAUCAACAUUUGGUUUCGGAACUGCAAGUGCAGCUCCCUCAUUUGGAGCUGCACAGUCUGGUUCUUUAUUUGGUGGCAAACCUGCUGGAUUUGGAGCACCAUCAACAAGUUUGGCCACUGGAAGUGGGGCAUUCAACUUUGGUGGUAAUCUGACUUCUGGUAGCACAGGAUUGUUUGGAGCGGCUGCAAGCAAACCAAGUGGCUUUGGUUUUGGAGGAACCAGUGCAACAGCUCCUGCAUUCGGUGGUCUUGGUGCUGGAACUUCAGGAUUUAAUAUUGGGGCUCCAGCUUCCCUUGGGUUAACAACACAGUUAACCACAGCUAAUGAUGCCCAGCUUCAACAGCAACUCCAAGCACUUGCCAGUUCACCAUUUGGAGAUAGUCCUCUGUUCUGGAAUCUCAAACAGAAUGCGGCGAGAAAGGAUGAGGUAUUAAAACCAACAAACCCAGCAGCCCAGAAAGCUGCCUUGUCUUCAGCGUCACAGUAUAAAGUCAGUCCAAGACCAACAGCCAAGAUCAAACCCAAGUCUCUGCAUUCACUCAUGAAUGGCACUAAGUCUCAGCUAUUCGAGGGAUUGGAAGAUGAUGAUUUCAGUUUUGGAAAUGAUACCUUUAUGCCUCGGAAAAGUGUAAAAACGCUGGUGCUGAAAAAGAACCAGUGUGACAGCAGUGCAAGUCGUGGCUCUUCUUUGAUUGACGAGAACCCAAAUAUGUCAUCAGUGAAUCAAGAAACUCCCAGAAUCACACGGCCCAUUACAAGAACUCUAGUGCUAGACCUUGAUAGAGCAGACCGUUUGUCGGAAAUGGAGCCGGUUAUCCACAGUGGGCAGUUGACUGAGUCAGGCAUGGAUUCUCCAACAGUCAACAAUAAUGCCAAUCUUGAUGACACCAUUGCCAUGCUAAAUGCCAAAAACAAAGCAGAUUCUUUGGAUACAAGUCCGAAUAAAAAUCAGUCGAAUCAAGAUGAUGGUGAUUCUGAGAGGUUGACAGAACAACAGAAUAUGGUUACGGUACACCCUCACCCGACGGGUAUUGAGCUGACUCGGACUGGCUACUACACGGUUCCCAGCCUCGAUGAACUCACUGAAAUGAUGGACGAGAAUGGAGAUUGCCUCGUUGAUGACUUCACAAUAGGCCGGAUAGGAUACGGCAGUGUGUUUUUCCCUGGCACAACCAAUGUUGUUGAUCUCAAUCUCGAUGAAAUAGUUCAUUUCCGAAGAAAGGAAGUGAUAGUUUAUCCUGAUGAUAAUAACAAGCCACCGCUUGGUGAGGGCUUAAAUAAGAAAGCUGAAGUAACUCUCGACUGUGUGUGGCCAGUGGAUAAAUCAAACAGAUCACCAAUUAAGAAUGCAGAUCGUCUCAUUGCGAUGAAUUAUCAGGAAAAGAUUGAAGAAAUUACUGCAAAGAUUGGAGCCAAAUUCAUAGACUACAGGCCUGAAACAGGAUCUUGGGUCUUUGAGGUAAAGCACUUUUCCAAAUAUGGACUGGUGGACGACUCGGAUGACGAAGAUCCUACGGAGAAGGAAAAGAAACGCCUUAAACUUUCGGCAGAGCAACAGUUGAAAAUUCAGAAAUUAAAAAUUCAGCAGCAAGAAUUGCUCAAACAGCAGCAGCAACAAGGUGCGGCUGGGUUAGCUGAAGAAAAAAGCUUAUCUCAGCUGGACAUGGAAGAGCAACAGAUGGCUGCGGCUAAAGGCUUCGCUCAUCUCGAGAAAGAUAUCGGUGAUUAUGACGAUGAUGCCGACAUGCAGGAUUAUUCAGAUGAAUUUGAAGAAGAAGAAGACACUGAGAAACUUCUGGCCUCAUCGCACCGAAUUGCAAAAAGCAUGGAGGUAAAUGCCCACAGCAUGCAGGUGAUGAAGGCAUCGUUCUUUGGAGAAGAUGAACUUGAGGAAGAACACAAAGAUAAACUGAGCUCAUUUGCCGGUAGUCUGCUCAAAGAGAAAUCUGUUCCCAGUUUGUUCAGUCCAGCUUUGAAGUCAAAGUACAUGUCUCCAUUAAAGCUUUCUCAGUCGCCAGUGCCUCGUGAAAUGCAGCAGGUGCAACCAGGAAUAUUUUCCCAGAAUAUCAUUGCUCCAGAAGCCCGACGGCCUGCUCAGAGCCUCGUCCACCCACCACACACCCAGCACCAACUGCUUGACAGUGGGAUGAGUUGGAUGGACAUCCCUAAACGCAUUGUAGGAUCAAGAAUCCGCCGUCACAUUCCUCCAGUCAGUGAAUCACUUAUGUACAAGAGACAGAAGCUGGCUGCUGACGCUGGCUGUUUCAUGGGACGGUCAUUCAGAGUGGGUUGGGGGCCCGCAUGGACACUGGUACACAGCGGGGUCUCUCUGUCUGCUCAGUCUUCGGAGCAAGUUCAGCCAGCACCGUUUACACUGUUGCCGAGUAUACAGGGAACCACACAGAUUAGACCCAGAGGCAAGCUGUGGACAGUGUCCUUAGAGAAACUCAACGUAGCUGAAUACCUAUCGGGCAAUGAUAAAAUGGUUGUGAAAAAUCAUGAAGAAAUGUUACGGAUUCAGCUAGAAAAUUCAGUAAAGUCCGAUGAAAAUGGGUGUCCUGUGUUUACUCCAAACCUUGGCGUGAAAGCACUGCACGAGUAUGCUGCACACGGAGAAGAGGCUGUCAAAGAACUCUGUGGUCAUCCUGAUCAAGAUGGUUUUGAUCAUAUUCGAAUGGUGUGGAACCUGUGUGUUGCAUUAUGGGGAAAUCUUCCUGAAUUGAGAGAACCAGAUACAAGUGAAUAUUCUAAAUGUCAAGCCAGAAGGGAAAUUGUGUCAAGAUGGCUAUCAUCAACUGCUGAUGACAAGAUUAAACAAGAAGUUCAAGAGUCCCAGUCUAAGAACCAAGGUCAUCUGUUGGCCAUAUUCAGUUACCUGAGUGGAAGGAAUAUAUCGGAGGCUUGUAGCAUUGCGCAGGCGUCCAGUGAUCACAGACUAGCACUACUGUUGGCACAAGCUGCUGGCAGUGAAAUUCCUCGUCAGAUGCUGGCCCGGCAGCUGAAUGGAUGGGCCGAGUUAGGGACCAAUAGGUUUAUUCAUGAACUGCGACUGAAGAUCUACACGUUACUGUCAGGCCAACUGGUGUGGCCAGUGACACAGACACCUGUUAACACCUGCCAAGACCUGGACUGGAAGCGAGCUUUAGCCUUACACUUAUGGUAUUACUGCAAGCCUAAUUCAGCUGUACACGAAGCCCUGACAUGUUAUGAACACGCCUUCAAAGGGGAGACGCCUGAUGGAAAAUACUGCAAGCCUCCUCUUCCACCGUACAUGGAGAACGAAGGAGGCUGCCUGCUGGAUGAUGAAGAUGAUGAGCAUGCAGUUCUCGACACGUGUUACCACCUGUUGAAGUUAUACAGUGAACGAGGUCACCGCCUCGAACGCCUCCUCAAUCCCACUACAUCAACAUUCAACCAGCUGGAUUAUCGGUUAAGCUGGCACCUGUGGCAAGUGAUACAGUCGCUGGAGUUCAGCCACAUUUCACCAUACUACGCUGCCUGUCUGCACACUAACUUUGCUGCACAGCUGGAGGCCAUGGGCAUGUGGGAGUGGGCCAUCUUCGUUCUUUUCCAUAUUGAUGAUGUGGACAGGCGUAAAGUUUGUGUGUGUCAGUUGUUGGAGCGGCAUGUUUGUCUGCCAGACUCAAAGACUGGCAACUAUGAAGUACAAUACUUUGAAAAAGAAGUUUUUGUGAAAGAACAACUGCAUGUACCAUCUGUUUGGAUACACUAUGCAAAGGCACUGAAAGCUCGCUCAGUAAAUGAGUACCAUGACGAAGCAUGGCAUCUCCUGAAAGCAUGUCAGUGGAAUGAAAGUCACGCCAUCAUUGUAAGACACAUUGCAGCUGAUGCCAUUAUAAACGAAAAUUAUGAUUACUUGAGAAGAUAUUUGGUAGAGCUAGCACCACCUGAAAGAAGUUCUUCCAUUUUAAACUGGAACACUGGAGGCAAGGUCUUCUUCGACUACAUCAUUCUGUGUGAGAAUCUAGAGGAACUUGAGAAGGAAAACCCCAGCCCAUAUGAUCUAGACAAACUACAGUCAGGGUUGACAUCAUUGUGUAACAGAGUUGGAAAUCUGGAGUGCUGUACCUCUAAAGACAGAUUGUGUCAGUCCGAAAUGGCAAAGAAAUCUGCAAAGAUGCUGCGAACUUUGCUUACUCUCCAUGUCUCCACCUCACAGACUGGCAGACCACUUACAAAACAACUUGCUCCACACACCAGCAGCUUACCUAUGGUCGAAGACUACAAUUUACAAGAACUGAAUGAGCUCACUCGCAGCUAUCUCUUGGAGUUGACUGUUUAGCGUCUUCCGUGUAGUUUAAGAUAAUACAAAUAGUGGAUUUAUAAGACAUCUUGAAGUUGACUGUAUAACUUCAACAUUUGUUUACCAGAAGGUAAAACAUUUCACAUGCAGCUAUAUAAUGGCGUUAACUGUAACUUCAACAAUUCAUUGAGAUGCUGUAUAGCCAUUAUUGCAAAGGAAUUAAAACAGCUAUUUAACGAUGGAGAAAUAUGUUGUUUCACUGAAAGUUAAAAAAACAACAACUCGCAUACUUUAAUGAACAGUUUGUGGUGGUUGCUGUAUAGCUAUUAUUUCAAAGGAAUUAAAACCAUUUGCAUAACGUCAUAAGGAAAUGAUUGUAUAACAUUUAACACUAAUGUUUCACAUAGUUUUAACUGGUGCAGCUAUUUUUAGUUGUCAUAACUUCAUCUUUAUAGUCCAACUGUGUAGUUUCAAGAAAGAAAGAAAGAACUAAACUGUUUCAAAACCUGAUCCACCAUGUUUAUGGAAGAGAGAAUUUUGUGUGCUUGAAAGAGGAAUGUGAAUAAAAGAAAAUUGAGGAUCACUAGGAAUGGGUUGAUUCUGUGAUGAUGCCAAGUAUUGUGCAAUAAGAAAUAUCAUUAAUUCAGUAUCUAAGUAAGAUCAUACUGUGUUAAAAAAAAUUAUAUGAAUAUUUUUUAGAAGUGGGGAUGGGCUGGAAAUUUUAUAUGUAUGCCAAAUAUUAAAUCCAUGAGCAACAUUUCUUUUGCAGUAUCUCAAAAUGUGGCCUGCUGUUAUUUCUGUCUUAAAUAGCUUGUCAAAACAAAUAUGGCCUGCUUGAGAUAAAGACAGCAAGGGGUGAGGGGAGGGUUUGAGUUAGUGUGUGAACAAUUAGGACCUCCGAGAUGUGUGUUAAAAUAUAACAAUUAUUCUUGAGCUAAAUAGCCGAUGAGAUAAUCAAACAUACAUCUUUUUUUUUUUUUUUUUUAAAUGACCUGCAAUUUUUUGGGGCGUUGGGGGGUAUUUGCAGGUGCAUUUCCUUUCCAAAGUUUAAAAACAUUACUGCUUUUUUGCAGGCUGCUAUUUCGAGCCCUUUUAUAUGAGGAAAUUUCAAUUUUCAUAUGAUCAUUUUGUUCUGUGUACCCGGUACUAUUUCUUUUUUUAGCUGAAGAUGAAUAUGUUCCUAAUACAUAUUUGUUGAUCCUUUCAUUGACUUGCACAUCUCCAUUAGGAAUUGCCGCUAUGUUUGCUACCAUAUUAAGGCAGACUUGUUACUGUAUAAUAUUUUAAGCCAUGGAAGAAAGAAUCGUCUGUGACAAACAUUAGACCUAACAAAGGCUUUUUGGCAUUUCAGUUUAUUAAUAGUUGCUGCCUUGAAAUUAAAUUAUGAAAUCAUGGUUAAAAAUUCACAAAGCGUGGAAUGACUUCAAAAUAUAUUCCUUACACAAAGUUACAGUCUGCAUGGGUUAACAGUUCAUUUGCAUGGAUUACUUAAAGAUGUUUAAUUACUAAAAUAAGUAAAUAUGCAAAAUAUUGUUACAUGAUCAGCCAUCGUCAAGAAGCAGGUUGAAUAUAUUAUGUUCCCAGUAGAUGGAGUUUUCUCCAUUUUUAUAUCAUCAUUAAUGUGAUGUGAUGUUCAAGCAUUCAAAUUCAAGAUCGAAUAAAUUUACUAAAGACUGAUGUAAGUUGAAGUCUGUUUGCAUCAAAAGGGAACCAGUGAAUUGGUAUGUAACUGUAUACUAAAUAAUAUUAAAACUCAUUUGAAAAGAUUUUAAGUUUUAAACUUGUACUAAUUCUCGUUACAUUUUAAAUAAUAAAUUUCUAUGUAAAUGAAAGUGUAUAGAUUACAUCUCAAUUUUAAUACAGGGGUGAAGACAAAAUGCUAGAACAGCCAAGGUAUGCAGUCUCACCUGCAGUGUUACCAGUGAUUAGUAAUAAAGUACAGAAGCAGAACAGCAUCUACAAUUGCUUUACCGUCACUUGCCUUCAUCCUUGUUAUCAAACAGGCAAAUUUAACCUGUACAAUUUGUAAAUUAAUUGUUUCUUUACUCAUGUUUUUUUCCAAAACUUAUAUCAAAGUUGGUAUGGAUUUAAUUUGUUUUAACAUUUUUAUACAAAUUAUAAUUUUAUUCAUUAUAGAGUUGGCUGCUAAUUCGUCAGUUCCCUUUUGACACAAACAAACUAUACGUAAUAUAAAAAUAACAUUAGAAUUCAACACGCAUCAGUUUGGUUACCAAUAUGAACAUUGUGGGGAGGGAGGAAAUUGAGACUUGCAUUUGCAGGUAGUAAUGUAACACAUUGGUAUAGUUAUCUGUGUUUGCAGAACUGUAAAUUCAAGUGACUCAGGUUAUUGUUUGUGUAUGUCAUUGGCAUCAAUGUAGGAAACCUGUCUGUAAAUAAUCACUAUUGUUUUCAUUAUUGUAAUACAUUUGUGUUAAUAGAAUGAUCUCGAUGUGUUAAUAUCAUGUAGCCGCUAGUCUUCAUUAUCAUCCAUGGUUUUCUACACCAUCAGACUGCAACAGUGCUUCAAAUAGAAAUGCAAUGGUAAUUUAGGUUUCCAGUGUUAUUAUUUUUUAAUCAUUCCAAAAUUCAGUAUAUGUAAAAAAAAAAACCCAGUUCUUCCUAAAUUUUAGUGUCCAUUUAAACAUCUGCACUAGAAAAGUAGGUGAGGUAGGUUUAAUAUCAUUUUAGUUUUUUUCUAACAACAUUAUAAAUGUUAUUAAAAUCAUUUGCACUUCUUUCCACAUUGAUUGUGUUAAAUACGCUUCCAUUUCAUCUUAAGUUAUGUCCUUUGUAGAAUAACGUUCACUUGUCUACAUUUUUAAUUUUAAUAUAUUUCACGAGAGACAGUUUCAAGGAAAUGGUUGCAAAUUUAAUAUGCAGCCAAAGAAUGGUGUUAAUGUGGACCAGUACUAAUAGAAAUGGAAAACAUACAUGCUUAAAUAUCAGAUGAUGGCUUAAGUUACAAUGAAUGUGUCACUUUGAUGUGUUCUAGAAUAUAUUGGACUGUACUAAACACAAUUCAGGAAUACUUCAACAGUUGUAAUUACAUGCAUACGUGUUGUUCAUAUUUCUGUGAUACAUGAAAAUAGUGUGGAAGCAGGCAGAAAAAAAAAAUCACUUUUGAUUCUUAUAAAUGUAUUGUGUACAUCACAUAAACGUUUUUAUACAUAAUUUCUUUGUCUUUAUUAUAUGUGUAUGAUAUAAAAGUUAAUAAAGUAAUAUUUUUUGG